UCCUCAAAAUCCGUCGCUUAAUCCUUUGAGCUCUCCGUUUAUAAUAACAAUAAGAAAAUAAUAAUCCUCUGUGAAACGCGGGUGGUCUUGUGAAGCAGGAAGCUCCGGAUAUUGUUUGUGGCAGUUGGAAGUUGGUGUGGUUUUAGCCAUCUUAUAAAAGAUUUUAUAAUCCAUUGGUACCAUCUUCUUGUUGUACUGUGAUUUGUGAAAAAGAAGGUUUUAGUUUCAAGGAUUCUAUCAGUUGAAUUUUUGACACCAGCAGUGUGCAAUUUCGAUUUGGGAACUGAUAGCUUCUCAGAGGAUCCAUCGUCUUCCAGACCGUCACGGGAGAUGGUCCAUAAGUUCUAGCACGAAUGAUAUUCUUGCCGGUUAGAGAAAUAGGUUGAAACUAGAGAAGAUGAUCCGUUAUGUGCUGCUGUUAACGUGUUUAUGUACAGUGCAUGGUGAAGUAGGAUACUUUUGGCAUCUUAGUGACAUGCACUAUGAUCCAAAGUACUCCCUUCAGGCAAAUGAUAACAGUUGUUGGAAAAUGCGAAACAAUAUGGACAGUGAGCACAUGCGGUUAUAUAAAAGAUUAGCUGGAACUUUUGGUAGCUAUGGUUGUGAUUCGCCCUGGGCAUUGAUAGAAUCUGCAGCGCAAGCUAUGCGAGAGAAGCACGGAAAAGGAAUCGAAUUUGUUCUGUGGACCGGAGACGCUUUAUCGCAUGCUGCCGGAAUGAGCCCAGAAUUGCGCCUGCAAUGUCUGAAGAAUUUGACGGAUCUUCUGUCUCACACCUUCAGUGAGCAAUUUGUGUUCCCAGUCCUAGGACACGAAGACAUUGGAUUGAAUUUCACCCUCCUUGCGAAUCUCUGGAAUCACUGGCUUCCAGAAGAGGCACUCGCCACAUUCAAAAAUACCGGAUUCUACACGAUCGAGCAACGAACGAAGAAUUACUGGAUCAUUUUUCUCAAUACGAAUUUAUGGUUGAAUGUCGGUUCCGUGAUCGAUAAUCGGGUGCCACAACGCUCCACCAACACCGCCACGGACAAUUCGAACGACCCUCUAGGUCAGUGGGCUUGGUUCCAAUCCGUUCUGGAUACUGCAAGAAGUAAAAAGGAAACCGUAUAUAUCGUUGGUCACACAGCGCCUGGAGUGGAUGAAAGAGAACACGGGGCCGGAGGUCUAAAGGAAAAACACAAUACGAGGUACCUUCAAUUGGUUCGCCAAUAUGCCGAUAUUAUUCGCGGACAGUUCUUCGGACAUUGGCAUUCUGACACAUUUCGAGUCGUCUACAGUGACAUAGGCUCACCCGUGUCCUGGAUUAUGAUGGCUCCGAGCAUCACCCCAUAUCAACAAGGUGGCCCGAAUAAUCCUGGUUUGAGGCUCUACGAGUUUGACAAAACAUCGGGCCAGGUUCUAGAUUACAAACAGUAUUACUUGAACUUACCUGAAGCCAACUCAUUCGGGCGUGCUAACUGGGUUAUGGAAUACUCAUUGCUCAAGCAUUAUGAGCUUAAGGAGAUAACCGCCCUGAGUCUUCACGAUUUGGCGGAUCGAUUUACGCAGUCCAAUGACAACGCAUUCGUCAGAUAUUACGCUGCGAACACAGUUUCCUUACCUCGAGAAGUGGAGGAAAUAUGGGGCUGCGGAGGAGCUUUGAAUGGAGCCUGUGCACUGCAACACUAUUGCUCGGUGACCCGUCUGGAUCCAGUUUCAUACAGCAAUUGCUUUCAAUCCUAUGCCUUCGCUCUUGCAUCAACAUCUUCUCCAUCCGCGCAGAUCGAUCUCGUCAUUCUCUAUCAACUCCUGGCUAUUCUCCUCACGAUUCUCCGAUGUCGGUAGGGAAAAAUAAACCAGAGGUCAAAAAUACAAAAUACUACAUUUUCAACUUUUCAUUUUACAUUUUAAACGAAAAAGACCUUUACAGCAGUCUGAAAAUUUUUCCACCAGGGCGGAUCCAAGCUUUUUAAAGUCAUUUAACUAGAGACUCGCUGUGCGAUACCUAUUGAAUAUUUUGUGUCGGGUUUACAAUUUAUUUACAAAAUAGCAACGUACUCGAAAUCGUCCAAUUUAUUCGACAAGUAUCGAAUUUGAAUGUCGGAUGUAUGAGCAAAUUCUUUGAAGAUGUGUUAUUAUUGCCUACUUUUUACAUGUAAAUCGGUAGAAAGCUAUUAACUUGAAUAUUGCGAUUUUUUGUACUAAUUUAUUCAGUAUAUAUGAUCUAAUAAUUGAUUUAAGCUUAAGGGUGGCGAUUUAUGAGAUGACUUCAAAUUUUGAGCCAUUUUCCAGUUUUUCCAGGU